GUUAGCGGGUGGGAGGCGGCGGCCGCGUUGCUAAAGCAGGAGCUUGGGCGGCGGCGGCGGCAGGAGCGGGAGGAGCCGGAGCCCCGGAGCCCCGGAGCCAGAGCGUGUGGCGCCAUGGAGGGGCAGGGAGAAAAUGGAAGUGUAGUACAAAUUGGGGAAUUGUUACCAUGCAAGAUCUGUGGAAGAACCUUCUUUCCAGUUGCCUUAAAAAAGCAUGGACCAAUUUGUCAGAAAACCGCCACUAAAAAACGGAAGGCCUUUGAUUCAAGCAGGCAGAGGGCUGAAGGAACUGAUAUUCCAACAGUAAAACCACUUAAACCUCGGCCAGAACCUCCAAAGAAACAGUCUAACUGGAGAAGAAAACAUGAAGAAUUCAUUGCCACCAUAAGGGCAGCUAAAGGACUUGAUCAGGCACUUAAAGAGGGUGGCAAACUUCCACCACCACCUCCACCUUCUUAUGAUCCUGAUUACAUUCAGUGUCCAUAUUGCCAGAGGAGAUUCAAUGAAAAUGCAGCUGACAGACACAUUAAUUUCUGUAAGGAACAAGCUGCUCGUAUUAGUAACAAAGGCAAAUUUUCCACUGAUACUAAAGGAAAGUCAACUUCUCGAGCACAGUACAAGCCUCCUGCCCUUAAAAAGACAAAUUCUCCAGGAACAGUGCCUUCAGCAUCCUCACGUUUACCACAGCCAAGUAGCAUUAGCAAAUCUGUUGUAGCUGCACCUUCAAGUAAAGGGUCUUCUGUCAGUGGCUCUUUUGGAAGCAAAGUUCAGAACUUAUCUCCCUCUCAUAAAGGGAUAGCAGCUCCACAUGCAGGAGGUAGCACGAAAGCACGGUCUUCAACACCACCUAGUUUGGCAAAAAAUUCUGUACCAGGUGUGUUAACAAACAAGAGAAAAACCUAUAAUGCUGAUAGUUACACAAACAGGUCAGAUGUAGAUUAUUCAUCUGUCAAUGGAGGAGGCUUUAAAGGCAAUGAAGGAAAUUCAUCUGGACAGUUACCAAAAUUCUGCCAUGAAUGUGGAACCAGAUAUCCAGUGGAAUGGGCGAAAUUCUGCUGUGAAUGUGGCAUUCGAAGGAUGGUUCUGUGAACAUGUACCAAAAAGUAAAAGAAAGAUCUAAGCCCAGAGUUGUGUAGAUAACUGCUUCACGAAAACUUAGAGCACUUCCUCCAGUCAUUUCAUGCUACAAAUAUGCAAACAUAGUAAUUUUUUGAGUGCAAUCCUUUUUGGCUGCAUAAUUUAUAUAUACACUAUGUACACAUUUUAUGUAAAUAAUAAAUUUCAGAUACCCACAGAUGUGUCGUUUAGGAAAAUACUCUUUUAGCUGUCAAUAUAUUUUCAAGUGGGCAUAUGUUAAUUUAUGGAUAGUAAUUUUUGUUUUGUUUUUAAAAAGCACAUUAUCCCAACACAGUUUAAACUUACCUCUUUGAAAUUUUGAGAGUAUGUCCAUUGCUUUCAGAAGGUUAUCGAAGAACACAUUAUUUUAAUGUAGAUUCUGUCUUUGAGAGGUCACAAGAUAGGUUUAGAGCUAGCAGGAACUUCAGUGGCCAUCUAGUUGAACUCUCUUAUUUUACAUGAAGAAAUCAAGUCCCAGGAAUGUUGUGACUUGCUUAAGGUAGUAUCAGAUAUAGUAGAUGGUUUUCUUGUAACUUUGUGCUUGAAGAGAACAUUUUUGGCUAAAAUCUUAUCAGAUCAUAGUCCCUUUUUGCCACUGCAAUUAAUUUAAUGAAAUUUAUUAAAAUAGACACUUAUAAACCUAUGUUGCCUUUUUAUUCUAAACAUUUAUUUAAUAACAUGUUUUAAAACAUAUUUGUGCAUUCUUUGAAAAUGAAAUUUCCUUUUGAGAUGCUUAUUUGCAACUACAAGAAUGGUCCAAAUCGAAAAUAUAGAAUUUUGCAACUCCAUUUCUAAGUUAGAGGUUUAUUCCCUUAGAGCCAAUGAAAAUAUUUAAUGUCAUCUUUCUUCUUUGAUCCCAAUUGUGUUCUCAGCCUUAGUUUUCUUUUUCUGCUGCUCUUCCAUCUUCAUUUUUGAGGAGAAAUUUUAAUUCAAAAUUGCAUUUUUGUGGGUUUAGAAAAUGUAAUUAUUAUCCCUCCAUAAGUAAUAUAAAAUAAUUUGUUUUAACAGAUUUUCAAUAAGUAUGUAGUUUUUUUUUUAAUAUUUCACACGAAAAUAUAUAACAGAUUUUAUAGGAAUCCAGUUUGUCUGAUGAUGCAAGUUCAGGAUCCUUCAAAAAAGAAGCAAUCAUUAAACUCUUUGCCAAGAGCUAUAGUAAGUGCUAGUGAUGCUGAGAAAAAACAAAAACAGCCCCUGUCCCCAUGGAGCUUAUAUUCUAAUGGGAGAAACAACAUAUAUAAAUCAGAACAUAACAAGAUAAAUACAGAGUUGAUGUAAAGUAUGAAUGAUAGAAAGCUAUGAAUUAUAACUGGUGGAUAUAUAGAUAGUAAUUCAGUCACCCUUAAGUACAGUUACUGUUUGUUACAUAUGUGAAACACAUCUAAUUUUUCAUAUAGGGUUCAGUCUUGUAAUACCAAUUUACAUUGUAAAUCAAUAAUUAACCAUUAGAAAUUAGGAUUUUAAUGUGUAGCUGAGAUCUGUUAUUAUGUAGGUUUUUGUUAACUUCCUAUUUCAGUUGUAUGUCAGGAAUUCAUAUUAAUGAUUUAAUUUUGGCUUCCCCACAACCUAGUUAUCUCCAAUUAUUAUUUGUAAGUCAUUGUCACUAAUAGCAUAUGGUAGAUAUUAGGUUCCUAAGAGCUUCUGUUGGAAGUGGCAUAGUUUGUGCUGCCACUUUUAGCAUUCUUGCAGUAAUUUUAAUUAAUUCAAAUUUAGGGGAAUUAAAUUCUAUUUUGAAAUAUAUAGAGCUGAUUACAAACAAAACUUUGGUGUAUAUGAGGUUAGAUUUUGGCUAUUUAAGUGUAGAGUUGCUCUGUCUGGGGAAUUGAGAUGGACAUUUAUGGCAAUCUUGGGCAUUUCUUUCUGCAAAAUGUAGUUAUGUUUAACAUCUACGAUUUUUGCUCAGUAUUAAAGAUUUAUAAAGGGGAAGAGGGGAAGUGGAACUGUCAUUCUGUCCACCAAUAAUCCCUUCCUAUUAUUAGUACCCAUUUUUAUUAUUGCAUAGGGCUAAUUACACACAAAAUGUUGGCAUAUAUUAAAGUAUAUUGGACAAACAUCCAAAAAAUGAUUAUUACCUAGUAAUUAAGUUAGGAUUUAAGAUGCACAUAUUAGAAUUUAAUUUUGACCAUUCUCUGUUCUGUUCUUAAUAUAGGUUGUUCUGACCUAAAUUAUGAAGAACCUAGAGGUAGCUUGGCUUAGUGAAAAGAGUGCUGGACUUGGAAUCAGGAAACCUGAGUUCAAAUCCUGCCUCAGACGCUUACUAGCUGUGUGACCAUGGGCAAAUCACUUAACCUCUCUCAGCCUCAGUUUCCCCAUCUGCAAAGCAGGGAUUAUAAUGCUUGCACUUCCUACCUCACAGGGUUGUUGUGAGGAAAGCACCAUGCAAACUGUGCUAUAAAAAUGUAAGUUAUCAAAGUUUGAACAUUGUUUCUUGCUUUCCUUUUGUUAAAGCCACAGAAUUUUCUCUGCACAAGAAGUAAAGCUAAAUGGGUUAAAUCAGAUAGACUGGCAUAUGUGUUUCUCUUAAUGAAUUUUAUAGUAACAAAUAAAUGUCUAAAUGUAAUGCAUGAGAAAAUGAUUUGAUAAGGAAUUGUUUGUUUCCGGAGUCCAAAAGAGAUUAUUAUGAACUGUGAGGAGAUAAAAUAUGUUUAUGAAUUAUGAAACAUGUCAUGACAAUGUAUUUAAACUCAUUUUAGAAUUUCCAUAAUCAUAUACAUAUAUUACUCCCAGUUUGAUUUGUUGUGCAAUACUAUGCUUCAGUUUUUAAGAAAUUAUCUUACAGCUAUGCACCAUUUAUUUUAUUUUUAUUUAUUUUUGUAAUGUAUUUUCCAGUGCUGUAGUGUAGAUAAUGAAUUUAAGCCUGAACUGCAAAUGUAAAAAUCCUUUGUGUAGUCUUCUGAAACUUACUAGUUUAAGGUUAAGAUAACUAUUGUCUGUUGUCCACUGUAACUUUUUAUAUAUAAUGUAUGAUAUGUUUGAUCUCCUACAAUAAAGAUAUGAAACAGCA